CUCUGUUUCCCAACUUCGAGUUUCUCCAGUUUCCAUAAGCAUUAUGGUGAGAGAAGUCGUGGAGUGUGUUCCUAAUUUCAGUGAGGGAAGAGACAAGGAGGUGAUUGAGGCUAUUGCAAAUGCUAUGCGCAACACCCCGGGCUGCACGGUUUUGGAUGUGGAUCCUGGCGCUUCGACCAACAGAACCGUGUAUACGUUCGUGGGUAACAAGAAGUCUGUGAUUGAGGGAGCACUGAACGCUUGCCGUGUCGCUUAUCAGUUGAUCGACAUGACCAAGCACCACGGAGAGCACCCUCGUAUGGGAGCCUGCGAUGUGUGCCCCUUCAUUCCUAUCAGCGGAGUGACGAUGGAGGACUGUGUGGAGGUGUCCCGCGAGUUUGCCCGUCGCGCGAGCGAGGAGCUGGGCAUUCCCAUCUACAUGUACGAGUACGCGGAGACGAAGGGCGCGUACCGCCACACGCUUCCUCAGAUCCGUGCGGGCGAGUACGAGAAGGUGGCGGAGCGCAUCGUGACGAAGGAGUGGGAGCCUGACUUCGGUCCGGCGAAGUUCAUUCCGCGCUGGGGCGCGACGGUGUGCGGCGCGCGCAAGCUGCUGAUCGCGUUCAACAUCAACGUGCUGGGCACGAAGCAGCAGGCGCACCGGCUGGCGCUGAACGUGCGCACGGCGGGCCGCGGACCGAACGAGCCGGGCCGGCUGCAGGAGCUGAAGGCGAUCGGGUGGUACGUGGAGGAGUACGAAAUGGCGCAGAUCAGCUGCAAUCUGACGGACUACCACGUGACGAACAUGCACCAGGUGUACGAGGAGUGCGAGAAGGACGCGCGCGCGCUGAACAUCUCGCUGUGCGGCGGCGAGAUCGUGGGCCUGAUCAACCUGGAGUCCAUUCUGCAAGUGGCGGACUACUACAUCCGCAAGGAGAACCUGUUCAUCCUCGAGGAGAAGCAGAAGAUCAUGCUGGUCGCGCAGCGCCUGGGCCUCAACUCGGUGAAGCCCUUCGACCCGCGCAAGACCAUCAUCGAGUACAUGGUCGAGGACCAGCCCGACGAGCCGCUGGCGUCGCUCUCCGUGCGCCAGUUCGUCGAGGUGCUGGGCUCGCGCACGGCGGCGCCGGGCGGCGGGUCGGCGUCGUCGCUGGUGAGCUCGAUGGGCAUCGGACUGGGAGCCAUGGUGGGAUGGAUGACCUACGGAAUCCGCAAGUUCGAACACCUCGACAUGCAGAUGCGCGUGCUCAUCAAGAACCUCGACGAGCUCAUGCGGGAGAUGAUCCCCAUGAUUGAUCGCGACACCAACGCGUUCAACGCCUACAUGGACGCCAUGAAACUCCCCAAGAAAACGCCCGAGGAGAUCGAGCGCAGAGAGACCGCCAUGCAGGAAGGACUCAAGACCGCCGUGCAGGUCCCGCUGCAGGGAAUGCGCACGGCGUGCAAGGCGUGGCCGUUCAUGACCGGCAUGGCGAAGAUCGGAAACAUCAAGUCGAUGUCCGAUCUGCAGGUAGGAGCGAAGUGUCUGGAGACGGGAAUCUGGGGAUGCUACCAGAACGUGCUGAUCAACCUGGGCGACGUCAAGGACGAAGCGUUCAAGACCGAAGUGCUCGCGGAAUGCGAGAAGCUGAUGGAGCAGAGCGAGAAGGCUCUGACGGAGGUCCUGGAGACCUUGAAACAGCGCAAGGAGGCUGGAGAGAAUUGA